AUGGCUCCCAAGCAUUCUGCUUCUGCUAAGGCUGGUAGUAAGCCUAAACGCCACCGAAAAAUGAUGACGAUUGCUGAGAAGGUGACACUUCUCAAUAUGUUGAAAGAAGGCAGAAGUUACGCGGCCGCAGCCCGCCAUUUUGGAGUGAACGAAUCCACCGUUCGCUACAUUAAGAAGGACGAGGCGAACAUUAGAAAGACGGCUGCCAUCACCUUUAGCAGGUCAGCGAAGCAAGUUGUUACUGCUCGUAAUAAAACGAUCGUCCGUAUGGAAGGUGCUUUAGCAAUCUGGAUUGCCAACUGCCGGAAGAAGAACAUAGCCUUGGAUACGAACACCAUCCGAACCAAGGCUUUGAGUUUGUAUGAGAAUUUUGCGGCAAAGGAACCUCAAGACGACGAUGGCGACCAUGCUGAAGAAGACGAAGAUGAUGUACUAGGUGAACCUCAAGCAGGGACAUCCACUGAUUCCCAGCCUCAGAAGCAACGUUUUUCCGCCAGCAAAGGAUGGUUCGCGAAGUUUCAAAAACGCUUCGGCCUGAAAAGCGUUUCCCUGCAUGGAGAGGCUGCUUCCGCUGACACUACCGCUGCUGAAACUUACGCGAAUGAGACAUUUAAGAAUAUUAUCACUGAAGGUGGAUACAAGCCCAAACAAGUGUUUAAUAUGGAUGAGACCGGCUUGUUUUGGAAGAGAAUGCCGUCGCAAACUUUCCUGUUCAAAGAAGAAGCCAAAGCCUCUGGCUUUAAAGCAUUCAAAGAUCGUGUUACCCUCGUGAUGUGUGGCAAUGCUGCUGGAUUUUUGCUAAAAAACCCUCGCGCUUUGAAAAAUAAAAAUAAGAAUCUCCUUCCCGUGUACUGGAUGCAUAAUCCAAAAGCAUGGAUUACGAAGAUGCUGACCUCCAACUGGUUCCACCAGUGUUUUAUCCCACAAGUCAGUAAAUGUCUCUUAGAGAAGGGCUUGCCAUUUAAGAUCCUUCUCCUAAUGGAUAACGCUGGUGGACACGCAACUGAUCUGUCGCAUGAGGGCAUUCAGGUUGAGUUCCUGCCACCCAACACAACGUCAUUAAUUCAACCGAUGGGCCAGGGGGUUAUCAGGGCGUUCAAGGCCCUCUACACGAAGAAUACCUUGGCGGACCUCGUUGCGUGUGUGGAUGCUGCCCAAGAUGAUGAGGAUGAAACAUUCAAUUUGAAGGCGUACUGGCGGCAGUACACAAUAGCCACGUGCCUGCAGAACAUCCAGAAGGCACUGAAAGAAAUGAAACCUGCUACUGUUAAUGCGAGCUGGAAGAAGUUGUGGCCCCAGAUUGUUUACGAUGACAAGGGAUUUACACCUGCUGAGAUUCAACACUCUGCAGUACGGAAAUCUGUGCAGUUGGCCGCGAUAAUUGGAGGUGACGGGUUUGGCGACAUGACGACUGAAGACGUUGACGAGUUGUUGGACUGCCAUUCCCAGCCGCUAACUGACGCAGACCUCGAAGACUUGACGAAAUCGGCCAGUGACGAAGACAGUGAAACACAGGAAGAGACCCAAGAAAUUGUCGAAGAAACGGGCUUAACAUUAGAACGGCUUGCCAAGCUCUGCAACCUUGCGAAGGAGUUGAAAGAAUUGUCGCAAGAGUGGGACGAGGAUAUGGUUCGUUCUCUGCAAUUCUGCAACAAAAUCGAUGAAGACAUGACUCCCUACAGGAUGCUCUUCGAGCGAAAAAAGAAGCAGCGGCAGCAACUUCCGAUCAAAAUGUUCUUCCAGCCUCGCAAAAAAGAGCCAGUUCCUCCUGCUACUAUGCCUUCGGAAGAAAUUGAAGAAGUGUCCCAGGAAGAAGUUGAAGAGGUGUCCCAGGAAAAGACACCUCCAUCUGAAGAGACGUAA